GCGGCGUCACGUGGUGCGGGGAGCGCACCGCCCCCCUUGCUCGCCCCCGCAGCAGGCGGGAGGCAGCGCCGUACCCGUCCCGCCCUGCCCGGGCGGCGCGGGAAGGAGGAGGGAGUGGAGCGGGAGGAGCGGAGCGGCGGGAGCUCCAUGCUGCAGGGCCGGCCUCGCCAGCCCCGCCAUGGCCCCGGCGGUCUGCGGGACGCUCCUGGGGGUGGUCCUGUACGCCAGCGGCCUGUACCGGGUGAGCGGUGCCACGUUCCUCUACCACGACUACUGCGUCAUCGGGGCCGGCCCCGCGGGCUUGCAGGCGGCCUAUUUCCUCCAGCAAGCCGGCCGGGACUACAUCGUCUUUGAGCGGAGCCAUGCUCCCGGCAGCUUCUUCGCGCUCUACCCUCGGCACCGCAAACUCAUCAGCAUCAACAAGCAGUACACGGGCAAGUCCAACAGCGAGUUUAACCUCCGCCACGACUGGAAUUCGCUCCUCAGCCACGACCGGCGGCUGCUUUUCCGACGCUACUCUCGCGACUUCUUCCCCAACGCUGACACGAUGGUGCGUUACCUGGAGGACUUUGCUUCCCUGCUGAAGCUGCGGGUUCAGUACAACACAGCCGUCAUCCAUGUGACAUUGGAGAAGAAUGAGCAGGCCUGGAACGGCCAUUAUUUUCUCCUGACUGACCAGGACAGGAAGAACUACAAGUGCAGCUCUUUGUUGGUUGCUUCUGGGACGUGGGUUCCCAAUGUGGUAAACUUUCCUGGCUCAGAGUAUGUUGAGGGUUAUGAGACUGUAUCCAUCAACCCGGAGGACUUCGCUGGCCAAACUGUGUUGAUCUUGGGCCGAGGGAACUCGGCCUUCGAGACAGCGGAGAACAUCCUGGGUGUCACGAAUUUCAUCCACAUGGUGAGCCGGUCCCGCGUGCGCCUCUCUUGGGCCACCCACUACGUCGGGGAUCUGAGAGCAAUUAACAACGGCCUGCUGGACACCUACCAGCUGAAAUCUCUGGAUGGGCUUCUGGAGGGUGAUCUGGAAGAUCUGGCUAUUGUUAAGGACAAAAAGGGAAAGCUGCACAUCACACUGCGGUUCUACUUGGAGAACAGGAACAUCAGCGCAGGCAUCGACUCCAUCACCCUCCCUCAGGAUGAACUGGACAAUUUUGCCACCCGUGCACCUUACGACCGUGUCAUCCGCUGCCUGGGCUGGAAGUUUGACUUCUCUAUCUAUAAUAGAUCCCUGAGAAUGAUGCCAGGAAAAGGGAAUAUUAAGAAGUAUCCUCAAAUCAAACCCAGCUACGAGUCUAGAGGCACUCGGGGGCUCUUUGUUCUUGGCACUGCUAGCCAUUCAGUUGACUUCAGGAAAUCUGCUGGGGGCUUCAUCCAUGGAUUCCGGUAUACAACUCGGGCAGUCCAUCGCCUAUUGGAAAACCGUCACCAUGGUGUCCCCUGGCCAUCCACAAUCUACCCUGUUACACAGCUGACCAAUUCCAUCAUCAAGAGGGUAAAUGAGGCCUCAGGCCUCUACCAGAUGUUCAGUGUCCUGGCUGACAUCAUACUGCUGAGAGAGAAUGCCACAGCAUUUGAAUACCUGGAAGAGUACCCUAUUGGAGUCCUGGCCGAGCUCGAAAUGCAGACAGGAAGAAAGGCUCGCAAUGGGCUCUUUGUCAUUAUCAUGGAGUAUGGGAGGAAUUUCUCUGGGGCUGACAAGGAUGUCUUCUACUACAACCGUGCUGUGGGAGAGGCGCAGCAUGCCUGGCAGUCCAACUUUUUACACCCUGUUAUUUACUAUUACAAACACCUCCCAACAGAGCGUGAGAUGAGAUUCCGUCCCCCAGACUGGCCUCUGCCCCGGCCAAAUGCCAUCCAUCACAUUGUGGAGGACUUUCUGACAGACUGGACAGCCCCGAAUGCUCACAUCCUGCCGCUGAGGCGGUUUUUGGAGAACUGCCUCAGCACAGACCUGCGCAAUUUCUUUGCAGAGUCCUGUUUUCUGUUUGCCUUCACCCAUCAGAAGCUGCCUCCCUCCUGCCAGCAGGGGUAUGUUCGAAUGCAGGGACUGGUGGGGAGCCAGGAGCUCCGGCAGAAUGCGGUACAGGCUGGGCUGCUGCAGGAUUACACUCAAACAGACUUCUCAGAUGACAGCUCCCCUGACAGCCACGAUGGGUCACAGGAGCAGUUGAUGAGAGAUCAUGGGAUACCGGGUCAUCCUCUGCAGCAUCUUGUUAAUGCCAAGGAUGAGCUUUAACCUUUCUUGCUCCACACUGAAAUCCAGAGGUGCUCUUGUGACAGUAGUGUAACAGAGAUCCACAGCAGGAUUCUGCCCUUUCCAGCGUCCCUUUUCCAUCCCCGUGCCUCCCACUGAUCGUGAUUUGCCAAAGACCUGCUCAGAUCUUGCUGUUACAAAGAGAAGCAACAUACUCUGAAGGAUUGAGGGACCAAAACCCAGUGAUGCUGAGGUUCCCAUGUUGUCCUUGCAGAUUUCAGAGUUGCCUGAAGAUAAUGUUGGCGUUUAUCUCACUGACCAGUAUCUGCAGUGACGUACAGAGGCCACAGAAGUGAGCGCAGGAAUGUCACGUCCCCCUUCAGAGGUGGCCUGCUCACAGCCUGUGGCUCUCUGGUCCCUGGAUGCUGUAUGCUGUGUAUACUUGAAGAUUUGUUUCUGCAUUGAAUCCUGAAUUGGUACUCCAGGCAAACUUCCUGGUAUUUUUCCUGCAUUUGAGUUAGGGCAGUUGUGUAGCUUGAGUGGGGAAAGAUGACUUUUUUUAGUUACUGUAUAGGUCAGAUAAUUUAUAAUUUCCCAGAGAACACUACAAGGGACUCUUUCCUCCACGACAGAUGAGUAGCUUGCUUAGAAUUCCUGGGACACAGAGACUUGAAGAGUUUGGGUCUGCUGUCCUCAUGGGGUUUUUUUCUCCCACACCAAGCAGCCUAGAAGGUUAGCCUGUCUUUUAUAAAGCAUGACCAGUAUUUCUCCUAUUUGCACUAUGUCCCAUCAAGAAAGUUUGAUGUUGUUAAAA